AUGGCUGAUCAGACUCGCCCGGUCACCAGCCUAGACCUGGGCUUUUGGAUGCGCCAUAGCAUCUCACCCUUGAUUGCCUUCCUCAGGGCAGCUGGCUAUUCAGCUGCGGACCAAGGCGAACACAUUCGAAUGCUCUGCGAACAUGUCCUCCCCAAUAUUGGACCUCGACCAACAGCGCUACAUCCUAUUAAAAGCUCGCUUACAAACAGCGGUUCGCCGAUCGAGCUCAGCCUCAAUCUUUGCUCUGGAAAGCCGACGGUGAGAUAUUGCGCCGAGGUCCUGGGCUCGACCUGGUCCAACGACGACGAUAUAUAUGCGGUGGAGACGGUGCAAAAAUGCUUGACAUCCCUUUGUGCAGAACUAGGGUUUAGCAGGCGUUGGAGUGACAGGCUACUAGAGACUUUCACUCCCACUGCCGAAGAAGCAAAGAGAUCGCAGGAAAACCUGCAAAAGUGGAUAGCAAGCCUCCUGCCGCCGGGACUGGAAACAAAACCCGUAUCAAGGCUGCCCUUUGCUGCGUUUGCUUUCGACUUGGAUGGGCCCCGGGCUCUUCCCAAGUUGUACGUGAGUCCAAAAGUCAAGGAGAUUGGCUCUGGCAGCUCGACAAAUGAGACUAUUUGGAACCUUUUGCGUAAUCUGGAACCCCCAAUAAACUCCAAAGCUGUCGAAGCCAUCUCCGAAUUCCUCCUCGAGGGUGUGGUAUCCCCUUCUAUUGACAUGUUGUCAAUUGAGCUCGUUGAUGAAGAGGAUUUAUAUCGCGCCCGGGUUAAAAUGUACAUUCAUACCACUACUAAUUCGUUUAAUACCGUGCGGCAAUGUUUAACCCUAGGCGGUCGACGUCGGGACGAACCAACCAUGAAAGGCUUGGAAACCCUGAGGACGAUUUGGCACCUGAUGAUGCAGGAGAAGGACCAAGUCGCUGACGAUUAUGAAAAGCCGGUAAAUGACGCGGUACAACAAGCCAUGAAGCUAUUCUUUUCCUUGGAAAUUACCCCUGGUAAAGACCUCCCUGAAGUGAAGUUGUACGUGCCAGUCUUUGCCUACAUGAAAAGCGAUGCGGAUACGGUGGAGAAUUUCGAAAUCAUGUUGAAACAAUGCAACCAAGAGUGGGCUUCUAGCGGAAGAUAUAGAGACAUGUUUGAAACUGCCUUGUACGUUGCAUUCCCUCCCCUUUUACCGCGGCAGACUUCUCGCAAAUAG